AUGCGGCAGCAGCAGCAGCAGCGGGCAGGGCACAGCGGCGGCUCCGUCCCACCGCCACCGGUGCGGCAUCACCCGCACCUCUCCUGCGCUGCUCGCUGGGCUGUAUUUUGCGCCCAGCCCGGGUUUUCUAUUGCAAAUAAAGAGCCCCGCAGCAGCCGCGCCGUGAAAGCCUCUCCCUGCCAGAGAUUGCGGGCUCAGCGCGUCCGGCCGGCCUCCGCGGGGCUCCCGCUGCUCCGCCCCGGUACCGGCUCCGCCCCGGCGCGGAACAGGACGCGGCACAUCCGCUUCCCGCGGCGGCCCGGCCCGGUGGAAGGUGAGAGCCGGGGGCGGAGGACUCGGGAGCACGGGGCGGGGGGAACCCCUGAGCCCCCGUCCCCGCCGCAGGGCGGUAUGAGCGCGGCCAAGCCCAAGCGCAUCAAGUUCUCGGACGAGGAGAAAUUCCUCAUCCUGGAGGAGUUCAGCCUCCGCAAGGACAUCCUCAUCCCCAAGAGCGGCCGCUACCGCAACACGCAGGACCGGCAACGCGCGUGGGAGGAGAUCGCGGCUGCCGUCAACGCGCUGAGCCCGGUGGUGCGGCGGACGGCCGAGGAGAUCCGCAAGAAGUGGCAUAACAUGGUGCUGGACGCGCGCCGGGAGCUGGCGGCCGACAAACACCCGCUGCUCCGCCAGCGGCCCCAGGAGCGGCUCUUCCAUCACAUCUUCGCCCUCUUCAACAAGCCCGGCCCUCCGCCCGCCCCGUCCUUCGGGCUCCCCGCUGCCGCCCCCGAGCCGCUGCCGCGCGGCCCCGCUCCGGAACGCUUCCCCGGCCCCGAGGAGCGGCCGCUGCCCGCCGCCCCGCGUUAA